AUGGAACCCUUCCUUCGAGGUAUCCACUCAAACGUACCUUUAAAAGGAAGGUAUAAUUGGAAGAGUGCACUUUUUUCGAAAGGGGAGGGGAAGAAGCUCUGUUGUUACCAUCUGCGGAAGAGUGUAGCGAGAGAAGAAGUGCCUCCUUUCGAUGAUGCAGAGCAGGGUCCAAAGCAUCCCCAUUGCGAGUCGCCUUCUAAUGGAAAUCACCCAACUUGGUACCACAACGCCGGAGUUAAUGUGGAACAGAAGGGUGGGAGGGCCAACCCCACCACCACGAAACGGUUUCGUGAAAAGCGGCUGCGUGAGAAGCGGCUGGGUGAAAAGCGGUUGGGUGAAAAACUGCUAGGUGAAAAACUGCUGCGUGAAACCUGGUUAGAAGACAAACGCAGUGGUGGGUAUUCCUCCAAAGGGGAAAAAAAUGCUUGGCGUAGCAUACUCUCCAGGUGCUGCUCCUCCCCCUGCAGUCGCCGCUUCCCCCCCAGUGGCAGGCCAUUCACGUCAAUUCAAAGAGGGCAACAACCCAAACACAAACAUAACCAAAUCGUCCUCACCGACCAGUUCAUAAACCGAGAGAACUUGAAAAAAGAAAUUUUAGACACCCACAAAAAGCUAACCACGGAUUCCUUCAUCGAUAAAAGAAAAGAAGAAAUCUAUUUCCUGCUGAAAAGUGCUAUUAUGCCGAACCUGAAGGGGAAAAUUUACUUCGUCGGCUCCUGCGAAAAUCAUAUAUGGUAUGCAGUCCCAAAAAAUAUGCAUACGGGAAAUGUCAUUAAAAGUGCCAUAAAUCUGAUUUACCCUUCGCUGACGGUGAAUAUCAUUAAGGCGUCCGUUCCGAUAGCUAAGAUUUACAGGGAACAGAAUAACAUUUGCGACAUCAGCAUAAACAACACCGUUGCGAUUGUGAAUACGAAGCUGGUCUCCUCUCUCUGCAACACGGAUGAGCGCGUCACGAUUAUAAACCGCGUGAUUAAGUACUGGGCCAAGCAGAAGAACAUCAACAACAGAUCGCAAGGCACCUUCAGCUCGUAUGCCCUAUUUCUGCUGACGUAUUACUUUCUACAAAAUCUGGAGACCCCCCUGCUGCCUCCAUACAACGACAUCUCGAGCAAAUUGGACACUCCCCGCAAAAACGAAGACGACUUCUACUCGAGGAGCUCCUGUAGAAACGGAAUAACCUUGGACAUAUACAACAACCAGAUAAUCGAAAACAAAGAUAUGACGGCCAAUAUUUUCUGCCCCAUAACGAAAAAAAUCGUAAACACGUACAGCAUUAAUACGUGGAAAAAAAUUUUUGACAAAAUUCUGGCUGCCCAUGAGCGACUCAAAAGUGGGAAAAGCCUGGAUGUCAUUUGCGAAGGAACGAAGAACACCACACCCAACAGAAAAAUUGACCUUAAGGAUCAUCUGUUAAGGCGAAAAAUAUUUCAGGGCCUGCACGAGCCGUAG